AUGACAGAACUACUCAAGACACGUACAGCAGAACAAGUUCAAGAUCUCUUCCAAAGUGCACGUACCUCCAAUGGUGACGACAUCAAUGACUUUAUCGCUCAAUUUAUCAAUGAGAAAUAUUUUGGGGAAUGGUAUCAUAAUUGUGCUGUCGUCUUUAUUUCCAUUUUUUUCACUUGGCUCUUAAUCAAAUUAAGGUUCGGUCUGAUUAAUAUUGGACUAACCCUCGUCACAUUAGCGACUUAUUACCGAACAUCCAUCAAACGUACACGACGCAACGCACGGGAUGACAUACAACGACAAGUCAGUUUAAAUCGCAUGGAAACAGAUACUGAAACAGUCAAUUGGAUGAACCACUUCUUGGAUAGAUUCUGGCUUAUCUUUGAACCUGCCUUGUCUGCUCAGAUCAUUGGUCAAGUGGAUGCUGUCCUAAGCGAGAACACACCUUCCUUUUUGGAUUCAAUCCGAAUGAGUAGUUUCACAUUGGGUACAAAGGCUCCUCGUGUAGACGGAGUUAAGGUGCUGACAGGAUCAGCUCCUGAUACGAUUUGUAUGGAUUGGAAAUUCUCUUUUAUACCAAACGAUACACUCGACAUGACCGAGCGUGAACUUCAGUCCAAGGUGAACCCAAAGAUCGUCCUGACGAUCCGUGUAGGUAAAGGUAUGCUUGGAGCAGGUAUGCCCGUACUGCUCGAGGAUAUUGCUUUUAGUGGACACAUGCGAAUCAAGCUCAAAUUAUUCAAUGAAAUGCCACACGUUAAAACAAUAGAAGCCUCUUUUCUCGAAAAGCCUCAUUUUGACUAUGUUCUCAAGCCUGUUGGUGGUGAAACGUUUGGUUUUGACAUCAACAAUAUCCCUGGUUUACAAACAUUCAUUCAGGAUCAAGUUCAUGCCAAUCUAGGACCCAUGAUGUACGCACCCAAUGUCUUUACUCUAGAUGUGGCUGCCAUGAUGAGUGGAGGCGUUGAUUUAGAAGCCGCCAAUGGUGUGCUGGCUGUUACCCUUUAUUCUGCUAAUGGGCUCAAACCCAAUGAUAUGUUUGGAUCUCUUGACCCUUACUGUGCCUUCCAUGUUGGUAACGCGCAUAACCCUGAACUGGCUCGUUCUGCCGCUAUAGAAAACAGUAAUAACCCCAAAUGGAAUGAAACUCACUUCUUACUACUCAACAAUCUCAAUGAUCCUCUCCUAUUCCGAGUCAUGGACCGCAAUACAGGUCGAAAUGACGCUGAAGUAGGUAUAGCCACUCUUGAUUUACAAGAGGUCAAGGAAAAUCAAAACGCUAUUGAAGGUUUGAAUCUGGUGCUUCUUCGUAGUGGUAAGCCUGUAGGUGAAAUCAAGGCUGAUGUCUGCUACUUUCCUGUUUCAAAGCCUGAAAAGAAAGAAGACGGUACUGUUAUUCCUCCUGCAGAAUCAAGCAGCGGUAUCCUUCGAUUUUACAUUCAAGACUGUAAAGAACUCGGUGGUGCUCUUCCUGUCAUUGGUUCCAACUCGAGCGAUGUCAAUGCGUAUGCGAUCGUCAAGGUCAACGGACAAGAGAAACUUCGUACGCACAUAUUCAAGCGCAGUUCAAAUCCACGAUGGAACAAGUACGUCGAGUUGUUUGUGAUGGAUAAAGCCAACAUGAACAUCGACGUCAUUAUUAAAAACAGCAUUGAUUUCGGUGAAGACACUGUCCUCGGUCGAUGGACCUCCAGUUUGAUCGACAUGGAGAAUCAGCUUGUGAAUGAAAAGAACGACUGGUGGAACCUCAAGGACGGUACAGGCAAGAUUCAUCUCGACAUGACUUGGAAACCUGUUCCUCUGAUCGGAUUCUCCGCUACUUUGAAUCAUGGCCGCUACCAACCCCCUAUUGGUGUUGUUCGUGUCAAGAUGAACCAUGCCAAGGGUCUUAAGAACGUAGAAGCCCUGACGGGUGGUAAAUCUGACCCUUAUGUCCGGGUGAUGUCGGGAAUGCAACCUCGUGGGCAAACUGAGGCUGUAUUAGACAACUUGGAUCCUGUGUGGGAUACGGCCUUAUAUGUGCCUAUUCACUCCAUGCGAGAAGACUUGCUGCUUGAGGUUAUGGAUUGGAAUGACGUUCAAAAGGACAAGUUCCUUGGUAUGUGCGAACUCUUGAUUAAGGACAUUGUUGCUGAAAAGAAGGACGAAAACGAUCAAGUCGUGUAUGAAGCACUUCCAGCCAUAAAGCGAACAGUAGAAUUGAUCAGUCAUGAGAGAAAGACAGGCAGAGGACAGCUGAACUAUGAAGCUUCUUUCUUCCCUACACUUGCCUUGGCCAAGCAAGCCACUGAUGAAGAAAAAGAAGACAAGAAAGUCAAGGAAGGCAAGAAAGAAGAAAUGGACGCUGAAAAGGUAGAUGCUCCCAAAGCGACAUUGCCUGAGCAAGAUGUUGUGGAAAAAGAUCUUAAUGGAGAGAUCAUUCAUUAUACGGCAGAUAAAAAGAUCGACUUGUUAUCUUACGAAUCCGGCGUUCUUUCAGUCACGAUUCAUCAAAUUCAGUUACCUAGCAAAACAAAGGCCAUUGCUGAAAUACUCGUCGACUCAAACGAUGCUCAAUACCGUACAAGCCAGCAGAAAGGUGAUCGACUGUACUUUAAUGAAACAGGUGAUGCCUUUGUGAAGGAAAUGGAGUUUUCUCGUCUUGUUCUUAAUGUUCGCAAACCGGACGAUAAAGGAGAAGAGCGUAUUGGAUUCUUCACAAGCACCGUACGAGAUAUCGUGAAAGAGAUUAUGAAUGGAUCAUUUGAAGAAGACAAGAGCAAGGAGUAUCGACUGCUGGGAUGUGCAGAAGGCAAGAUUCACUUGAGUUUCAAGUUUACGCCUGUAGUUCGAUUCAAAUUAGAUCGUAGCGAAAGUUUAGAAAAUCAAGGCAAUCUAACAGUCGUCGUGGUAUCUGCCUCUGGUUUAAAAGCAGCAGAUAAAUCAGGCACAAGUGAUCCCUAUGCCGUCUUUAGCCUCAACGGACAAAAGGUAUACAAGACAGAGACAUACAAGAAGCAAUUGAAUGUUGUCUUUAAAGAUGAGAAAUUUACUGUUCCUGUGUUACGCCGUACGGAGGCUAAAUUCUCUGUUCGCAUAUUCGAUUGGGAUCAAAUUGGAUCUGAUGAAUUACUUGCAGAAGGAGUUAUUCCCAUUGAUGAUUUAGAAUCAUUUACAGCCAAAGAGGUCGAUGUGCCCUUGACGGGAGGUAGGAUUGUGUUGAGAAUGAAAUGGGAGCCUCAAUUGCUUGCACGCAAGCGUGAAGGCACUUCUCUCAUUGGAUCAACCACACGCUUUUUAAGUUCCGGUACAAAUAUUGCUGGUGAUGUCGUCGGUCUUGGUGUGGGUGCAGGUGGCAAGGUCUUGACAGGAGGAACUAAACUUGUUGGUGGUGGCACAAGAAUGGUUGGAGGUGCGAUCAAUGGAGGUAUUGGUGCUAUUGGUCGUGGCUUUGGCAAAAUUGGUGGUCACAACAAGAAGGCAUCUGAAGCCAGUGUAGGUCCUGUGAGUCCUACGAGCUCUACCGGUCCUAUCAGUGAACAACACACAUUGAAUACACAAGAAUUACAACAGAGUGUGAUUGGAUCUAUCACUUCAUCUGAAUCAACCUCAGGACGUAGAUCGAUGGCUGAAGAAAGUGAGUGA